AUGGCGGAUAUUUUGGAGAAAAGCUCCGUGCCACUGGAAGCUGCAGCCGCUGUUAGUAACGGCACGGCAGCGACAGAGGUCGUCGCAGCAGAAGGCGCAACCACAACAAGAACAGAGUCCACCACAGGCAUACCGGCACAGCCGAUUGCCGCAACAACAGUGAAUGACUCACACUCGCCGCUGUUGUUGAAGGAGCAACAGCAUCAACAGGAGCAAAUCUACCAACAACAGAAGGAACAACAGCAGUCGGCCGCUGUCAAUGUAGCAGCCGUCGCCGCAGCAGCAGCAGCAGCCCCACCACCAACAGUGUCGGCUUUGGAUGUUAAGCAGGCGCAACCCGAGCAGAAAGGUAAGCAAACAAAUGAAUACUUGCACACAGCAGAAUAA